AUGGACACAUUACUAACUGCUGACAUUAUCGCCAAUUCCCCGCGUUUCCGACGGAAGUCUUCUACCUUCGUCGAUGCGAUCCAUGACUUACCCGAGAAGGCCGAUCUGGCUCCGGCCCAGCUCUACAGCACCGAGUCAGGACGGCUUUUCCACUCCGGCCGAAUCGUCAUCAUCACCGUGGGGUUACCGGCGAGGGGUAAAACACAUAUGUCUGUAGCUCUAGCGCGAUAUCUACGAUGGCUAGGCGUGAAAACCAGAAUAUUUCAUCUAGGAGAUUAUAGACGUGCAACCAUUCCCUUUGGCCAGGAUAUUCCAGACGACUACUUCUUCGUGAACGCAUCCGCUUCAUCGGUCCUCUUAAGACAAAAGAUUGUCAAACGGUGCCGGGAAGAUAUUUAUCAGUUUCUGAACCAUGAAAAUGGACAAAUAGCCAUUUACGACGCCGUCAAUCCAUUGGCAUCUGGUCGGCGAUCACUCGCAAAAGAAUUCGCUAAGCAUGACAUUGAGACACUAUUUAUCGAGUCGUGGUGUGACGACGAGCGCAUAAUCGAAGAAAACGUCCGAAGGGUCAAAAUAUCCUCACCCGAUUAUGUGGGCUGGAGCUCGGAAGAUGCUGUGAAACAUUACUUGACUCGGAUAGCCGCUCGUAUUCCUCAAUUUCAGUCAAUGGAGGAGACGGAUCUGAACUAUAUCAAGAUGAUGAAUGCUGGGGAAAGGUUAAUUGUGAACAAUCGAAGCUUCGGCUAUCUUUCCAACAGAAUAGUGUUCUAUCUCCUCAAUCUUCACAUCAAAUCCAGACACACGUACUUUGCACGGGCUGGCGUAUCACUGGAAGCGGAUUCUUAUAAGGCAGAUGCCUCGCUGUCUGAGCAGGGCGAAGACUACGCGAAGAAGAUGACGGAGUCCUUGCUGAGGCACAGGGAGUCUGAAAGACAAGCAAUGAUCGACGAGGGAGAACCGAGUUACGAGUUAAAACCACUUACUGUCUGGACCUCCACACGAAGAAGGACGGUUGAGACGGCUAAGUAUCUUCAUGAAAGAGGAUACAAAGUGCGACAGAGAUCUCAGAUGAGCCAAUUAAACCCGGGAGUUUGCGAGAAGAUGUCAGAGGCGAAGAUCCGUCAGGAGUAUCCGGAAGAGGUUGCAAAACACGAACUUGACCCCUACCAUCAUCGGUAUCCGCGGGCGGAGUCAUAUCAUGACCUUGCAGUUCGACUCGAACCUAUCAUUCUAGAGCUCGAGCGUGAACAAAACGAUUUGCUGAUUAUCGCACAUGAAAGUGUGCUGAGAGUCUUAUACGGGUACCUGAUGGCCUGCAAUGCUGCGGAUAUCCCAUUCUUGGAUUUCCCUCGCGAUGAGAUUAUUGAAAUCAUACCCGAAAGCUAUCAAAACGAAGCACGCAGGAUCCAUAUCUCUGGCCUUCCCAGAGAAAUCGUCCCCGGUUCUCCUCAGGACAUCAAGAUCCCUGUGCCCCCCAGCGGAGUAACAACCCCUUUGGCUGCUGAUCUUGGCAGCCCGCGCGAGGGUCUCUCGACUCCACAGAGCGGUCUCCGAACCCCGCGCGAACCGGAAAGAAUCUCACAGCAGCAUGUUGAAGACGUUGUUUAUUCUGACAUCAAGCGGUUCUUCAUUACCUCCUUUCCAGACCUGUUGCGCUCCGAUUUCACCAGCUCAAUGGUCUCUGUCACCACUGAGUACAUUAGCGUUGGGGGCAAUAGGCAUCCCGCCGCCGCCGAUUGGGACGUCCGGACUGGCGUGCUUGCCUUCGGUGCCGAUAACAAUGUAGCACUAUGGAACCCAGAUGAUAGUACGCAGCGCGGAGUCUAUUCACUCCUUGUCGGUCACACCGACAAGGUCAGCGCCGUUCGAUUCUACACCUGCCCUAUUACAGAUACUAAAUACCUUUUGACCGGGUCGGUCGACCAUACAAUCCGUCUAUGGCGAGUGCACUCAGCCGACUCGCGUCAAUUCGUGCACGUGCAUACCCUGGAAGGCCAUACUGGUUCAAUCAAUACCAUCGCCGUGGCUGAUGGGCACGACAUCGUGGCAACGGGAGCCGCUGAUGGAACCGUCAAAGUAUGGAAGAUUCAUGCUCAGAGCGAAGCGAAGGGCGAGCUGCUCAAGUCAAUAUCCAUGAAGCCACGGUUCUUUCCACUGGCCUUGGCAUUGAGCCCUCUUCAAUCGGAGUCGGAUACCAGACCCGUCGCCUUAGCGGUUGCAGGCACCACCAAUGCCGUGCAAAUCUACGUGGCGGAGAAUACCCUUACGGCUCUUGAAUUCAAGCUCUCGGCUGUGUUGUCUGGACAUGAGGCUUGGGUACGGUCCUUGAAUUUCACGUUAGACAAGCAGAGCGCAGCCGGUGACAUUCUGCUGGCCUCGGCGAGUCAAGACAAAUAUGUCCGACUUUGGAGACUGCAGCGUGGGGAAGCUACUUCUACUGCCCCGGCCGAUUACGGUGACCCCAUGAUAGGUGGCGUUGAGACAACUCUUUCGAACAAAGCCCACCAAUUCGAGGUAACCGGGAUGGAAUUCUGUGUCACCUUUGAAGCGCUACUUUUCGGAAAUGAGGACUGGAUCUACACCGCCAACUGGAAUCCCAAUCCAGAGCGCCAGCAGCUCCUUACUUCCUCGGCCGAUAACACACUAACCAUUUGGGAGCAAGAUCCUGCUUCCGGGGUGUGGCUCUCCGCCGAGAGGAUGGGAGAGAUUAGCGUCCAGAAAGGCUCAACAACCGCUACUGGCAGUACGGGUGGGUUUUGGAUUGGCCUCUGGUCUCCAGAUGGCACACAGGUUGUCAGCCUCGGUCGUACCGGUAGUUGGCGAGCAUGGAAAUAUGAUGCAGCAUCUGACUUGUGGGUGCAAUCUCUUGGGAUUUCUGGACAUGUACGGUCGGUCAAUGGCGUGCAAUGGGAGCCUUCUGGCGAAUACCUCCUGUCGACUAGCGCCGACCAAACCACGCGCCUUCAUGCCAAAUGGGAGCGCGAAGGACUUCAGUCUUGGCAUGAGUUCUCCCGUCCUCAAAUACAUGGGUACGACUUGAACUGUAUCGAUACUCUAGGACCGGCUAGAUUUGUGUCUGGCGCAGACGAGAAGCUGUUGCGGGUUUUCAACGAGCCUCGACCAAUUGCGAUACUACUGGAGAGGCUUUCCGGUUUCAAGCAAUCCGAGGAGGUUCAACUGCCUGACACAGCCGAGAUCCCUGUGCUGGGUUUGUCAAACCAAGCUCCGGCUGACGAUGCCCCCGGAGGAGAGGAGGAAACAGAUAACGCAUAUAUGGAAAAGACACAGGCUAUCUCAACGGCACUCCUAGAGUCGAAUCAACCGCCAUUUGAGGAUCAACUGGCUCGUCACACCCUAUGGCCCGAGCAUGAGAAGUUAUAUGGCCACGGCUAUGAAAUUUCUGCCGUAGCCGUUAGCCACGACCGCACGCUUAUUGCCACAGCCUGCAAAGCGAGCUCGAUUGACCAUGCGGUGGUUCGUUUAUAUGACACUUCCGACUGGCAUGAGAUCCGGCCCUCCCUUGCCGCUCAUACCUUGACCAUCACAAGUCUCUGUUUCUCUAGUGAUGACCAGCAUCUUCUCAGCGUUGGUCGUGACAGACAAUGGGCUGUGUAUCAGCGCAGCGAGCAAGACCCCUCAACCUUCUCAAUCCUGACGAACAAUCCCAAGGGUCAUUCACGUAUGAUUCUCGAUGCCGCAUGGGCUCCGAUAUCUCAGACUCCUAUCUUCGCGACUGCUGGCCGCGACAAGUCAGUGAAGGUCUGGCAAAUGCAUGACGGUGCAUGCGAAUGCAAGGCGACAAUCCCCUUGAAAACUCCCGUAACUGCCAUCUCAUUCCUCUCGAGUAUAGAGAAGAAUUCGUUCAUUCUCGCCGCGGGCGAAGAGAGCGGGGAGCUGUCUAUCCACCGUAUUGCCAUCGGCAGUCUGCAAAUUAGUCACCUGGCAAGCGUUGACAAGUUCAAAUCGCCGUCCAAGGCCAUUACCCAACUUUCCUGGCGGCCGGGCCAGAAGGAAGCGGCGCCACAUUUCGUGCUUGCUGUGGCAAGUGAAGAUACCUCGCUGCGCAUAUAUGAUUUCUCGGAUUUGGUUUCAUGA